AUGAACGGGAUCAGUCAAGUCAAUGGCAUCAAUGGCCACUCCACCGACGGCAGCUCACGCCCACCAAAAGUGGCGCGCAAGUCGUCCUCACCAAUGGCGCCGGCAUUCAUGGUUUCUGCGCCUGGCAAGGUGAUUGUGUUUGGCGAACAUGCUGUGGUGCAUGGCAAAGCAGCCAUGGCUGCGUCGAUUUCACUGCGAUCUUACCUCCUCGUUACGACUCUCUCCAAAUCUCACCGAACGAUCACGCUCGUAUUUCCCGAUGUUGGGCUGGAUCAUACAUGGAACAUUGACGACCUCCCUUGGCACGUCUUCACCAGCAAGCUGGCGUCGAAGCCUCGAUACUAUGAUAUGGUCACGUCGCUGGAUCCCGAACUUGUCCAGGCCAUGCAACCUCACAUCGACACAGUGUCGACCCACCUGACCGGCGAGAAGAGAAAGAUACAUCAACACGCGGCGUCGUCUUUCCUGUACCUGUUCCUCAGUUUAAGUUCUCCCACUGCUCCGGCCUGUAUCUACACCCUUCGCUCGACACUUCCUAUUGGCGCCGGACUUGGAUCCAGCGCCAGCAUCUGCGUUUGCAUAAGUGCCGCCCUACUCAAACAGAUUCACGUUCUCUCAGGACCUCACCAGGACCAACCGGAGGAAGAAGUGGAACUGCAACUCGAAAGGAUAAACAGGUGGGCGUUUGUUGGUGAACUAUGUAUACACGGCAAUCCCAGCGGAGUUGACAACACUGUUUCUACUCGUGGCAGGGCCGUGCUUUUCAAAAGAGAGGAUUAUACGAAGCCGCCGGAUUCCCGGCCACUGAAGGAGUUUCCUGAGUUGCCUUUAUUGUUGAUAAAUACAAAACAACCUCGCUCCACGGCUGCAGAAGUGGCAAAGGUUGCAGCCCUGAAGAAAAAGUAUCCUGCUGUCACCGAGGCCACAUUGGACGGCAUUGACGAGGUCACCAUGGCGGCGCAUUCAUUGAUCACCUCAGAGAACUUCGAUCCGUCUUCAGAAGAAAAUCUGGAGCAUCUCGGAGAUUUGUUUCGCAUAAAUCAUGGUCUUCUAGUGUCUCUUGGGGUCUCCCACCCCCGGCUCGAGCAUAUCCGGGAAAUGGUGGACUAUGCCGGCAUUGGCUGGACAAAGCUAACAGGUGCUGGAGGUGGCGGAUGCGCCAUUACGCUGCUCAAACGGGAUGUGGAUGAAAAAGUCCUCCGUGAAUUGCAACAAAAGUUUGAAGCUGCUGGGUUUGAAGAGCACAAGACCACGCUUGGAGGCAGUGGAGUGGGGAUUUUAUAUCCUGCAGUGUUGCACAACGGGACUGAUGAAGAAGGAGGCGAGGAGAUUGAUCAACAAAAGUUCCUCAAUGCUAAAGGCCCAGAAGACAUCGAAGCCUUGGUUGGGGUCGGUCUUCUUGAAAGAAGGCCGGAAUGGAAAUUUUGGCAGUGA